AUGAGGCAAAAGCAACUAAUGCAGACAGUAGAAUGCAAAGCCUGCAUUGUCCUAACUAAACUUGGAAACAAUUUCAUAACGCGGGAGCCGAACCCACGACUUCCAACUCAAGAGCCACGCUCUAAACCGCUGGACUACGCAGGCGUUGAAAAAGUUAAGUUAUCAGUUAUUGCACCGAUAAUACUAACAUUUUUUAAAAUAUUAGGUAAUGGACAAUCUGUUCCCGUUGCAUCCCAGGCUGUGACUUGUGAGAACAUUCGCAACGCUUACCUUGACCAAGGUCUCUGUGAUAGUUACAUCGAAUGCAGGAACUUCAAGCCAACAAAGCGAGUGUGCCCUGACGGUCUGAACUACAACCCAGCAACCAAGUGGCCCGCCUAUCCCUGCAGCUACCCCAACGAAGCACCAUGCCUUGGAAGACAACAGUCCCAGAUACCUCAACCAACAGGGGAUUGCCAGCGUCAGUUUGGCGUGUUCCCAUCCCCUAAGGCUACAUCUAGCGAAUGUGGCAGAUACAUCAUCUGCUCAGCCGGCCACGCGUACGACAUGUACUGUCCGUUCGGCCUGGCCUUCAACCCCGCUACAUCCAGCUGCGACUGGCCCUACAACGUUCCUUCUUGCAACGUUGAUGAAUUCUACGGCAUUACUUGUCCUCCGGGCAAAAUUGACGAGAGCGGCAACCCCAUCGUGGUCAACCUGAAGUUCGGUGAUGACUGCCAAUAUUUCUUCUCGUGCGAGUCCGGCCACGGCAAGCUGCUCAAGUGCGACCCGGGCUACGCCUUCAACGCCGCCUCUGGCCGCUGUGAAAAUGCUGAAUACGUCGACUGUACUGUUGGCAUUUCCAAAGUCAACCCCCUUAACUAUAAAAGACAGUAAUAUUAGGUUCGGUAUAGCAAAGU